AUGCCGCUUGAACCAAGUACAGUCUUUCGCACUGGUCGGAUACAGGGUCAACCUAGAUCACCAUUCAUCUCAAAGGUUUCUACUCGACGCAAUACCAGCUGUACAGUUACGCAUGAACAUGAGCCAUUCCGGAAAUCUGUUUUUUACCUUAAAUACUGA